AUGACUUCCGAAUCAUCUGCUACAACCCGUCUACAUAUUACACCUCUGAACCCCGAGCUCAUCCCCUCGGUUCUGCCUGCCUCGGUUCGUUCCCUUGCCUCGGACAUAUCCUUCCACGGUAUCCCGACAUUUCCUGAGAACAAUUACGGCUACGUAACGCUGCCGAAAAUGGAGGCUGAGAAACUCAAGAAGAAGCUGAAUGGCUCCAUUCUUAAGGGCCGCAAGUUCAAAGUUGAACCUGCUCGCCCGCAGAAGCGACAGGCGGAAGAGGGCGACGAGCAGAAUUUUACGUCGACCGACAAUCCAUCCGUAACAGUGAAAUCCAAGAAGCGAAAGGCCGAAGAAAAUGUUUUAAGUGGUUACGAGCUGCCAUCGGACCGCAAGGUGAAGCGAGGGUGGACAGAGUCCACGACUGAUAAAACUGAACGGCGAAAAAAGGAAAAGAGAUCCAAAGACAAGCAGGAGAAGAAAGCCAAGACGCAGCUCAAGUCAAAAUAUACUGAAAAACCAGAAUGUUUAUUUCGGACGAAAGUGCCGCCAAACAAGUCUGCGCUGGCGGAAGAGAAAUCGAAAAAGCAACCAAAGAAGAAGAAGACGUCGCCGGAGUCUGUCGUGCAUGAGUUCGCCCAAACAGUAACUCAUCCCACGUUCUUACGUUCAGAAGAUGGUGGUAAUGCGCUCAUAUGUACGUUCGAAGAGGGUAAAGGCUGGGUUGACGAAUCUGGGAACUUGAAGGAACCCGCUAGCGAGCGGGUCAGAAAACAUCAAUAUAGACCGGGACAAAUCGCUGGCCAUAAGGAAAAGCCAAAGAAAAUCAAGGUCAAGUCAGCUCCUGAAACUGACUCAGCGAAGACGUCCAGCAGUCGCAACGCAGAGGUCAAGGAAACAGAAUCCACAGAGUCCACAGAAUCCACAGAAUCGGAAGAUUGGACUUCUUCUAGUGGCUCCUCAUCAGAAUCAGACAUCACGGACUCGGAAAGCGAUGAUACUGCCUCUUCCAGUUUACCUGAAUCCGGGGAAUCUGGAAAUUUUGAGCUAUCUUCAUCGAGAAAUGAGCAGCAGCAAGCUGCGACUCAUGUCAGCUCUGAGGAAGAGCCCGAGGGGAGUGCAAAAUCCGGGGUAUUGCCCAAAGGAAAUUCGACUGAAGCAACUUCGCAGCAGGGAUCAACAGAAGUUCACCCUCUAGAAGCUCUCUUUAAGAAACCUGCCGACCAGCAGAAACUAGAUACGGAGCCUCCAGUUCAGUUUAGUUUCUUUGGGCAAGGAGAUGCAGAUUCAGACGCAGGUUUCGAGGAAGAGCUGUCAUCAAAUGUAGCACCCCUUACUCCAUUUACCAAAAGGGAUCUGCUGGACCGUGGACUACGAAGUGCGGCUCCUACACCUGACACAUCUCAAGUCUCCAAAAUCAUCAACUGGAAUACCCCUAAGAUUUCCAGUAACGCCGUGGGAGAAGAUUAUUCAUUUACAGAUAGUCCAAUGCCCAAGUCAGGUACCGCUGCGACAGAAGAAUCAGACUUUUCCAAAUGGUUCUGGGAAAACCGAGGGGAUAACAAUCGUGCUUGGAAGAAGCGGAGGCGAGAUGCGGCUAAGGAACAGAGACAGAGAGAAAACCGCAGGAAGGGAAUGAAGGGAAAAUCAUAG